CACGGCCAAACCUUUCCCUUCUCCAGUCUACGCUGAAGUUGCCAUUUGCGAUUUAGUGCAGGAAAUUCAUUCACCGAUGGUAGAUCCUUCGUUGGUUUUGCAAUUGCUUGAAUAUGCUGCCAAAAUCCUGGCAAAGGGUUUAAAGUAUAAAAGCACUCGUAAGACCCUCCGGUCUAUCAUGAACGAAUUGGUUCCAGUGGUCGAACAGAUCGAACAUCUCGUGGAGGAAAUGGGUGGCCCAACCGAAGAAAUACGGAAGAUGAAAUGCAUGAUCACUGUAGCCCAAGAGUGUUGUCGCAAGUGCUCCGAAAUCCGCUGGUCGACAUUCUACCUUGCGCCGUAUUACCAGUACAAAAUUAGUGAAGCGCGUAAGUCACUGGAAGGCUAUAUCUCGAGUCAGGUUCUAAUGUAUGUGGCAAGGGAUAUAAAGAUGAUACAGCGGGGUCAAAUUGAUAUGGCAAGGGAAAUGAAGAUGAUACAGCGGGGUCAAAUUGAUAUGGCAAGGGAAAUGAAGAUGAUACAGAGGGAUUUGAAGGGUAAAUUAACCUUGAGCUUGAAUGAUAGUCCUAAUACACAAAUCAUCUCACCUGAGGGGAGUAAUGAUAACAGGGAACCGACACUUGAACUCCCAGAAUUUGUGGUAGGAUUGGAUGGAACCUUUGCAAGCAAUUUGAAGUUUAAGUUACUGAAUGUUGGUGGCCCACGAGUCCUGAACCUGUCUGGUUUAGCUGGGUCUGGAAAGACCACUUUGGCUAAAAAGCUCUGCCUAGAUCAGCAAGUCAAAGAAAAAUUCAGGAACAAUAUCGUAUUUCAUACCAUGGGUUCACAGAAUCAAGGGAAUGAACAUGCAGCAAAUCAGCUACAAGAUCGACUGUCUAAAUUUGGGAACAAUCCAGUACUGUUGGUCUUAGAUGAUGUUUGGCCUGACUCAAAACAUCUUGUUGAGCAGUUGAGGGUCCAAAUCUCAUCAGAUUCUAAGAUUAUGGUGACUUCAAGGUUUGAAAUUAAAGAGUUUGGAAUGCCUUUCCCAAUGGAACCACUUAGUAAAAUUGAUGCAGAAGCCCUUUUACUUCGCUCUGCUCCAAAUGAAAUUGUCAGAUCAUGCAAUGAUGGUGACGAAGACAUCUGUGAAAUUCUCCACCAGAUAAUUGAAGGUUGUCAGUGUUUACCUUCGGCUCUUGAAUUCAUCGGUCGUAAACUUCAUGGAAAACCGAUUGUGUUUUGGAAAAAAAUGGCGAAAGAAUGGUCGCAAGGUCAGUCUAUUCUUGAUUCUCAUACUGAGCUUCUUACUCGUCUCCAAAACUCCUUGCAUGUGCUGGAAGAUGAGUCCAUGAAUGAGCGCUUCAUGGACCUUGGGUUAUUUCCCGAAAACAAAGACAUCCCUGUCUCUGCCUUCAUUGACAUGUGGAUUGAACUUUAUAACCUAGAUGAUGACAUCCAUGCAAUGACCCUCAUCUAUCAAUUAACGGACAUGAAUUCGGUUGAUAUCAUAGCUAGAAGGGAAGUUGGAAGUAUAGUAGACGAGUACUACAAUAAUCACUUCCUCAAACAGCAUGGUCUUUUCAGAGCGCUGGCUAUCCGUUUAAGCAGCCAGGAAACAUUUGAGAAUAGGAAGAGGAUGGUCAUUGACAUUAUUGAGAAUAAUAUUCCUAAAUGGUGGCCACAACAACAGCCACGGCACGAAAUCACUGCUCGCAUAUUGUCCAUAACAACAGAUCAAAAGAUUACUCCAUCUUGGUGCGAUAUUCAAGCAGCUGAAGCUGAGGUUCUGGUUUUGAAUCUUCUGACUAAAGAAUACGAUUUUCCAGAAUUCAUGAAGACAAUGAGAAAGCUGAAGGUUCUUAUUGUCAUGAAUUAUGGUUUCCAUCCUACCGAGCUAAAAAACUUGGAGCUGCUGGUUUCUUUAUUGAGCCUUAAAAGAAUUAGAUUCCAGCAGAUUUCAAUUCCUUACUUCUGCGAACUGAAGAAUGUACGCAAGCUAUCACUUUACACUUGUGAAGUACAGAGGGCUUUUGAAAACUGUUGCAUCCUGAUUUCAGAAGCACUGUCAAAUCUGGUGGAGUUGAACAUUGACUAUUGUAAAGAUUUGGUGAAGUUGCCUGCUGGGCUAUGCGAUAUUAACACCUUGACUAAGCUCAGUAUCAGUAAUUGCCACAGCAUUACUGAACUGCCCCAGGAAAUUGGGAAGCUCAAGAAUUUGGAGCUGCUAAGGGUUAGUAGGUGUGCCAGCUUCGAAGGAGUGCCCCCAUCAAUAGCAGGACUUGAGAGGCUAAGCUUUCUUGACGUCUCAGAUUGUGUGAACUUGACAGAGUUACCAGAAGGCAUUGUACACUUGAAGAAUGUAAGAAAGCUGUAUAUAAUGAAAUCCUCAAUAAAAAGAUUGCCAGACUCAUUCAUGGAUCUGAAGAAUUUAAAGGCUGUGAUCUGCGAUGAAGACACAUAUGCUGCAUGGGGAGAGGAACAUCCCAAAUUAAAGAAGAUGACCAUCGACAGUUCCUUGGACUGGCUUCUUUGAGUUUGCUCCUUCGGCUCGUUCAUCGUAAUGCUGUUUGCUUGCAUUGCUAGAGUCAGGUUCAAAUAAUGCUGCUUGCUGUCUGUCAUGUUUUCUUUUUCAUAUUGAGGUUUUAAAACAACAGGGAGAAUGACGUUUAAGAUCCUCUCCAGGGAAUUUAUUACAAUAAGCCUGUAAGUUUUGCAUCGGGUAUUAUUUUAUAAAAAUACGUAUAUGUUGUUGAUACUUGAUAAAAGCUUACCCUUAACUUGUGUUUUUUUUUUUCCAAGGAUUUUCUUGGAAAUUUAACAAAUUAAGGUUCAGCUUUUAACAAUAAUACAUACUUGUUUUCAUAAGAUAAUAUCCAAUGCAAAACACAUGGGCUCUUAUUGCGGUAAAAUCAAAUGUCAUUCUCCCUAAAACAAACAUCAUUUUAGCAUUUUAUGGCUUUCAUGUUGGACUGUUCUUGUAGUGACAUAUUUGAUUUGUAUUAGUACUUUGUUCUCAGUUCUUUUUUAA